AUGUCUAGUCCAUCACAAGCACUGGAAGAAGGCGAAUAUCGCCCUGCAGCAGUAGGGGAUCUACGAUCUCCCUGCCCCGCCCUUAAUUCUCUUGCGAACCACGGAUUAAUUCCCCGCGAUGGUCGUAAUAUCACGGCCAACCAGCUUCAAGAUGCUCUUAAACACAUCGGCGUUGGUAUCGAUAUCCGACAUACCUUAGUGAAGAGAGCAUUUACUGUUCAUGAUGAGACUUCUCAUAUCGGCUUGCGGAACCCGGGACAAGUGAAUGAUUCUGGAAUACCUGUGCUAGAUUUGGAUCAGACUGGUCGCCCUCAUGCCGUGGAACAUGACGUGUCUCUUUCUCGAGAAGACCGCAACAAAGAAUCGUUCACAAUCUCUGACUUCGGUCGGUUCCGGAAGCAGCGAUAUACAGAGCAAAAGGCAAAGAACUCUAAACUAAAUUUCGACUCCUCAAAACACAAGGUAGCUUGUGGUGAAGCUGCUAUUUUCCAGUCUAUUUUCGCUGGUGAUAUCACAUUAUGCUUCACCAACUUGAUUUGA